UAACAAUUACUUAGAACUCACCACAUCCUCAUGCCCUCCCUCAUGCGCACAACGCAUAUAUUACGUACCAUACUACAAGACACAGCAUCAAUACAUGCAUGCCCGCCCUCGUGUUGCCAGCGAAUAAGUGACCAAUCGUUCUUCACUCUUCUACCGUCUCCCAGCAGGCUCACAACGCCAGACCAACGAUUCACUCCUUCUUACAGCCUCUCCCACCCCCAGAAGGUCUAUUAAGCCCUAGACUUUAAUUAUUGUCCACUUCCCCGGACAAUCCUUGCAUAUUCUGCUACCAUUACACAAUGAGUCACAAUCAAUUGCGUCGAUCACCUGAAGGCAUGUGGGAGACUCUCUCUCACAUCGCCGUUAAGGGUGCUGAGUACAACUCCCCUGAACGCCAACCUCAUCCAAAGUGUCUGGAAGGGACACGGAUGGGUCUUCUCGACUGCAUCUACAGGUUAUUGGAUGACCGAAAGAAGAGUCGACUCAUCUGGCUGCAUGGCACAGCAGGCGUCGGAAAGUCUGCUGUUGCAUUCACCGUAGCUGAAAAUAUGAGAAGUCUGAAAAUAAUAGAACAGAUGGACAUCGAGAAGCGACUCGCGGGCACAUUCUUUUUCUCGCGCAAGCACACCGAACGCUGCACUACUGCAUAUUUUUUCGUAACGCUCGCCUACCAGCUUGCCUGCAAUUUUCCCAGCAUCCAAGAGGACUUGAACAGAGCCAUCUGCCAGAAUCCUGCUCUUCUGCAUCCUAACAAAUCUCUUCGCGACCAGAUGGAGGGUCUCUUUCUGAAACCUCUGCGGAAGCUUCAAUUCAGGCUGCGCGGGUGUCCGCCUUUGGUGUUUGUCGUCGAUGCCCUUGAUGAAUGCAUGUCCGAAACUGAAGCUGCUGAUCUCAUUUCCCUACUCAGCGAGGCGCUUCGUCAACCAGGUCUGCCUGUGGUCCACGUCCUCCUUACGAGCCGCUCGGAAGAGCACAUCCGUGAAAUUAUUCAAGAGAAAGAGCCGUACACCCUGGUGCAGGAAAUACCAGUAGAGACCACUGUUAUGGGAGUUAUUGUAGCCAUCUCCUUAGAUGGCGCGGAUGUUGACUGUGACAUCCGUAUUUUUCUUGAGCAUUCCUUUAGGAGGCUGCAAGGUCGAUGUUCGGAUUUUCCGCAGCCAACAAGGCAUGAACUUGCGCGGCUAGCGAAUCGAGCGGGAAGACGUUUCAUCGUGGCAUCUACGAUGAUUAAAUUCGUCGAUGAUGGAUACCACGAUCCCCGUGAUCGACUUCAGCUGCUGCUCGAAUUCACGAGCGAGCUGCUACCAGGAACGGAGGUGUACAAGUUAUACGACCGUAUCCUCGCUACAUGCAGUGACCCCACACGGGCAUACCUGCAUUUGUCCAUUAUUGCCGCGCUUGCCAACCCUCUCUCGAUCUCUCAAAUCUCAGAACUCCUUGGCCCUGGAGAAGGCAAAGAUGUCAAGACAUUACUGGUGCAGCUACGGUCAAUCAUGGACAUUCCUACGAACAGCAGUCUCCCAGUAAAUAUCUUUCACUCAUCCGUUCGCGACUAUGUUCUCGACCCUUUGAACUGCAACCUCCCUGAGGUACAAUGUAUCAGAUACCCCCAUUCCCUACUCGCUCGUUCAUGUCUCCAUUUGAUGAUGCAAGCCAUCCCACGAAGCACGGCCUUGUUAGACGCACUGUCGCAAUUGAAGACGCAUAGCCGGGCUAUGAAACCUCACGAGCCCCAGAGCUUAAAACAAGAAUUAGCCUUCAUCGUCGAGCCACCGACGCCAUUCACAGUCCUUAUAGCCCUUCAGUGGCUUCGGGGAGGUCAUAAGUUAGAGUCCUGGCCAGAGACCCUUGAUGGGCGUGCUUGGCUUGAGACCCAAGAAGGAAAAGAUUGGUUGCAGAUUCGGUGGAUGAUCCAAUGGCUCCAGACACAGGGGAAGACAUUCUUGCCGAAGGUUCAUAGCGUCCGAGACUGGCUACUGACCCAGGGAAGGAAAGGCUCGUUGACCGAGGCCUGGCCAUCUUGGCUGGGGACGCAGAGCGGGAGAGAUUGGUUGCAGACUCAGUCGGGGCAAGAUUGGCUGCCAACCCAGUGGGGGAAAGAUUGGUUGCAGACUCGGUGGGGGCAAGAAUGGUUACAGACCCGGUGGGGACAAGACUGGUUACAGACCCGGCGAGAGCAAGACUCGCCGCAUACCCAGUACACGCACGACUCACUGCAGACCCUGAACGGAGAAGGCUGGCUGGAGACUGAGAGCGGGCGAGAAUGGCUUAGGAACGAGAGCGGGAGAGAGUGGCUGCAGACCCAUAGUGGACAAGAAUGGCUCCAAACCCAGAGUCGACAAGAUUUGCUGCCAACCCAGAGCAGGCAACAGUGGUUACAGACACAAAGUGGGCGAGAGCAGCUAAAGACCCAACCUGGACGAGAAUUGCUGCAGACCCAGGGUGGGCAAGAUUGGCUGAAGACACAGAGCGGACGGGAAUGGUUGCAGACCCAGAGCGGCCAGGACUGGCUGUACACGCCCCAUGGUCAAGCAUGGCAGUCAACUGCCGCGGCGUCUGUCUGGGUGACAUUGGAGGAAUUCUCAAGGACUUUGGAAGCAGUCAGCGAGUACGUCAUCAUCCCGGAAUUGCGCUCUCUUUUGGCUUUCCAAGCUAUCCAGCAAUUCAAGAGUUUGCCGGAUUUCUUGAUGUUCCCGGCAUUCCUGGCAUUAAGGCAUCGAGACCCUUCUUCCGCCUUGUCGCAUUGUCGUUUCCCACCAGACAUGGAGGUAUUCCAUGCUAUGAUGGCCUUCAAUAGUUUUGCAUACGAAGCACUGGAACGAAGUCGAUCAGCUUCUGACGCUCUCAAUUAUGCAUGUCAAAAUUGGUCGUUCCAUCUCUCACGAGCUCACAGUCCGUGGGGCGACAUGCUCGAUCACCUGUUCAAGUCUUUCUGGACUCGCCAUCUCCUCUGCUGGCUCGAAAUGCAGUGGUGUUCGAAGGGCCUCCGGUCUUGCCUUUCUAUCUUAUUCGAAGCGCAGAGUUUUGUUUUACCCGAAGUAUGGAAUCUUGCGAAGGAACAUCAUCGAUAAGAAAGCGGUUGAUAGCUCUUUCACGUUGGUUGAGUGCUUCCACCACAACGUCGCUCUAGCAAAUCCUGCUCUUCUAGUUCAUUACAGUUG